AUGCAUAUAAAAAUGAGCAAAUUAAAAGUUGGUCUAAUUAACAAACAUCACUUCUUUCUCCCUACAAAUUCUUUCACUCUUACCUCUAAAUCAAAACAAACAACCAAAAAACAUGAGUUGUAACAUUCCUUCAAAAUUGUUGCUGACAACAUUGUUCAUGUUCUUUGUAUUCAAAACAGAAUCAUUAGUAUUUUCAGACCAAAGACUUGCAAAAGUAUAUCCAGUGAUUCAAAAAUUCAAGUCUUUGAUUACUUCAGAUCCAUUAGGUGUAACAAAAUCAUGGGUUGGUUCAAAUAUAUGCAACUACAAAGGUUUCUAUUGUGAUAAUCCACCAGAUAACAACUCUGCUAUUGCUUUAGCUUCAAUUGAUUUCAAUGGUUUUCAACUUUCAGCUUCAACACUUGAUGGUUUCAUUGAUAAACUUCCUGAUAUUGCUCUUUUUCAUGCAAAUUCUAACAAUUUUGUUGGAUCAAUCACACCCCUAAUAAGAAAUUUACCUUAUCUUUAUGAGCUUGAUUUAAGCAACAAUAAAUUAUCAGGUCCUUUUCCAAAUUCUGUUCUUGGUAUGAACAGUUUAACAUUCUUGGAUUUAAGGUUCAAUUUUUUCUCUGGUGGAGUACCACCACAAAUUUUCACAGAAAAUCUUGAAGUACUUUUUAUUAACAACAAUUUAUUGACACAAAAUUUGCCUGAUAAUUUUGACACAACAAAAAGUGGUAAUCAUAUUUUUUUACUAACUUUGGCUAAUAACAAAUUUUCUGGUCCAAUACCAAGAAAUCUUCCUAAGGCUUUGUCAACUUUAGCUGAGGUUGUUUUGUUAAACAAUGAUUUAACAGGUUGUUUACCUUAUGAAAUUGGUUACCUUGAAGAAGCUAUUGUUUUUGAUGUUGGAAAUAAUCAACUUACUGGUCCUUUACCUUUGUCUCUUAGUUGUCUUGAGAAAGUUGAGGUUGUUAAUUUGGCUGGUAACAUGUUUUAUGGGAUGGUGCCAGAUGUUUUGUGUGAAGGGUUGGAGAAUUUGGUUAAUUUUUCUUUGUAUGAUAACUAUUUUACUCAUGUGGGACCCUUUUGUAGGAUGUUGAUUGAAAGAGGUAUUCUUGAUGUUGGAAAGAAUUGUAUUCUUGAUCUUCCUUUUCAGAGAUCAGUGAUUGAAUGUGCUGAUUUCUUUUCAAGACCAAAGAUGUGUCCUUUCAUGUGGUUUCAUAGUUUUUUUCCUUGUAAUGUUCCUUUAAAAAAAUCACAUGUUUCUUCCAUUCCUUAGAUGAAAUGUAUGUAUCUUUUUCCUUCACAUUUCAUUUGGUUUGCAAUUCUUUAUGUUCUUUUUUUUCUUAUCAUGUAUAAUAUGUAUAAUAAUUGUGUUCAACAGUCAGUUUCUAAUUGUUUAUUUGCAAAUGACAUGUUAUGUUACUUCAAAGUCAUA